AGUGUAACUUAGAAUCAUCUAAUAAACCAAUUUAGUUAAAACUGCAAUGUGUCAUUGACAGUAAAUACCAAGCAAAAAGACCUAACGGGAAAGAAAGAGACACCUAUAUUGUUUCCAGUAAAGGAAGGUGUUGAUAAGUUGUUGUGCAAACUCGUAGAAUAUUUUCCUGUGGGAGAUAAAAACUUGGACAUGAAAAAUGUAAUACUUAUGGCAGCAGAGAAGAAGGAGACUUCUGAAGUGGCGGUGAAAGAGACAGCCAUAUUAAUAGCAGCAAAAAAUGGCAUCGAAGAAAUGGUAGACAAAAUUUUGGAAAAGUUUCCUGUAGCAAUUCAUGACGUGAACUCAGAAAACAAGAAUGUAGUGUUAUUAGCAGUGGAAAAUAGGCAACCUCAUGUCUAUAAACUUUUGCUGAAGAGGAAAGUAAUGAGAGACAGUAUCUUUCGUAAGUUAGAUUAUAAAGGAAAUAGCGCUCUUCACCUUGCUGCCAUGCUUGGAGACUCUACGCCAUGGCGUAUUCCAGGCGCUGCUUUACAAAUGCAAUGGGAGGUCAAGUGGUAUGAGUUUGUUAAGCAGUCCAUGCCACCCCAUUUCUUCACCCGCCACAACAAGGACAACAAAACCGCAAAAGCCAUAUUCAGUGAAACACACAAGGACCUCGUGAAAAGCGGGGGCGAAUGGUUAAUAAACACCUCCCAAUCAUGCUCUGUUGUGGCUGCACUAAUAGCAACGGUUGCCUUCGCCACAGCAGCCACCGUCCCAGGCGGAGUCGAUGAAAAAAAAGGCACGCCAACGCUGGAAAGACACCCUGCAUUCAACGCCUUCGCUAUUUCAUCUGUGGUGGCUCUUUGUUUCUCUGUAACAUCAGUCGUCAUGUUUCUUGCAAUACUGACUUCACGAUACAAAGAGAAGGAUUUUGGAAGAAGCUUACCGAAAAAGCUUUUGUUAGGUUUAACGUCGUUGUUUGUGUCCAUCGCGGCCAUGUUGGUGUCGUUUUGUGCAGGACAUUUCUUUGUUCUUAGAGAUGAAUUGAAAUAUGCAGCGUUUCCAAUUUAUGCAGUAACGUGCUUGCCGGUUACCCUUUUCGCCAUAGCACAGUUUCCUUUAUACGUUGAUCUCAUGUGGGCUAGCUUUAAGAAAGUGCCACAGCGUAGCUACUCGGUGGUUCGUUAAUUUUUAUUUUUAUCUUUGUAGAGAUGAGCUUGUGAUUGUCUGAAUUUUUUGUCAUGCGUUAUUGGAAUCAAAUUUCUUUCUUCGUAUUGCAUUAA